UGACAAAAGAAACAAACGAUACCUACAUCCAACUCUAUUUGGUAGAUUUUGAACUGGGGAGACGAAACGGCGACACUUGUGGCACAGAUUAUGUAGAAAUAUUUGAUGGUAAUUCUGAAGACAGUAAGCGUAUUGCUUUACUGUGUGGGUACAAGUCAGCAGCCAGCUAUAUUGGAACCGGUAGUCACAUGAUGGUGAAGAUGGUGACAGGGGCGUCACCUAGAGGAAAGCUCUUCAAAAUAGAAUACAGCUCAUCGUCCGAAGAAAGAUGUACCCCAAAAGAUCGCAUGGCGAAGGAACACCCAUCUUCCCUCCUCUCACCCUCAUACCCAAGUCAAUAUGCACCGAGUCUUCACUGCACAUGGCUCAUCGACAGUGGCAGCGAGAACCAUGUCGUUAUGUUUAAGGUCGUUCUAGCAAGUAUCGUUUACUCCGACGGGUGCACGGAUGACUAUCUAGCUGCCUAUGAUGGCAUGUCUGAGACAACAGGUGUCCAGUUGGGUAAAUGGUGUCAGGACAUCGACCAGUCAGAAACAAUACACUCCAGCCACCAAUACCUGACAAUUGUCUUCCACACUAACGAGGAUCAGUCAGGUGAUGGCUUCAGGCUGAAGUACUGGACAGAUGCCAGACAUGAUGAACAAGGUCAGACUGGAGCCCUCGGGAAUGUAGGAGCUGUUGUUGGUGCCGUAGUAGGAGUCCUCGUACUGUUGGUUGUCAUCAUCAUCAUCAUAUUCUGUAUCAUCAGGAGACCUCUGUCAAAAGGUUCUGGGGGUUCUUCUGGGGGAAGUCAAGCCGCUCCUGUAGUGGUUUAUCAGCCAAAGGAGCAAGUUAUGUAUGAAAGACCACCUGACUACCCUCCUCAGUAUGACCCACAACAAGGGUCAAAGUACAAAGUUCAAGGACAUGGAUAUCCCCAGACUGGACCUGUUCAGGAUCAUGAAGUUUCACAGUUACUACAUGUUAAGGAACAUGUUUAAUCUUGUUCUUGAGCUUUUCAAGUGAAGACCUAUUCAAGAAAUAUGUAUUCUUUCCCAGGGCCUCUCAAAAGGAAUGAAUAUUCCAGCCAGUGCUUGUACAUGAUUAUGCAUGUUCUCAGGACAGUUCCAAGUGCAUUAUCUCAGUCAGUAUCUAUUGAAGAAAAUAAAAUAUGUCAGCCA